CCCGGAAGCGACUCCUUCUCCUGCUUGUUUUUGUCCGGGCUUGUAGAGCAUUACUGGACAUUUUGUAUUAGUAUGGCUGUCCCACCGCAAUUAAAAUCCAUCCAGCAUCAUUACAGAACAGCGCUGGAACAUGAUAAAAGAGACCCGGUGGUAGCGUAUUACUGUCGUCUUUAUGCCAUGCAGACAGGGAUGAAACUGGACAGUAAGACUCCAGAAUGCCGUAAGUUCCUGGUGAAGCUGAUGGAUCAGCUGGAGAUGAUGAAGCAAGAGCUCAGCACCAAUGAAUCCAUCUCCCAAGAGGUUGUGGGCAACGCCCAUAUCGAGAACUAUGCCCUAAAAAUGUUCCUCUACGCCGACAACGAGGAUCGAUCAGGUCGCUUCCACAAGAAUAUGAUCAAGUCUUUCUACACCUCAAGCCUCCUGUUCGAUGUGCUGUCUGUGUUUGGCGAGUUGUCAGAGGAGAACAUUGAGCACAGGAAGUAUGCUAGAUGGAAGGCGGCCUACAUUCACAACUGCCUAAAGAGCGGUGAGACUCCUCAAGCAGGGCCUAUUGGCAUGGAAGGGGAAGCGUAUGAUGAUGAGUUCGGCACUGAAGCUGGUAGUCCAUCCUAUGCGUCUUUUGGUGCACCUCAGCCGCAACCCUCCUCCAGUGCAGAUUUGGCAGACCAAGGACCAGCAUCUAUCCCUCCACCCAACUAUAGCACUAUCCAGGUUCCUCCUGGCUCUCACGCUCCAGCCAACACGCCUGCAGAUCUUCCUCAUCCAGCAGCCGAGCCCAUGAAACCAGUUCCGGUUCCCCGGGCUGUGCCGGUCACUGACCCCUUGCCCCUCAACGUAAUCCAGCAAGGUGAUGUGCGUCUCACACCAGAGGACUUCACCCGAGCUCAGAAGUACUGCAAGUAUGCAGGCAGCGCGUUACAGUAUGAAGACGUCGCCACUGCUCUCCAGAAUCUACAGAAAGCCGUCAAACUUCUAACCACUGGCAAAGAAUGAGAGCUUUGUUUGCUUACUUUAUCAUUCUCUAUGACUGACCUGCCCCAUGUGAACUGUGCAGUUAGACUCAAGAUCACUCAAUAAAACAUCUGUUCCACAUCUGCACUAUUACUGGCUGCUCAUAACAAA